AUGAAGGUUGACGAAGGCCCGAUCAACGCUUCCGACAUUGCAAUUACCAUAACCGUGGAGAAGGACGGUGUAUAUGAAGUCAACGGCGUCAGACACGAGCCUUCUGUCUCUGUGCACAUGCUCACGGGUGCGACCAAGCUGCGGCGUCAACUUCGCGAGUCAAAUGAGUUGAUCGUUUGUCCCGGUGUGUAUGAUGGCUUAUCCGCACGGAUUGCUAUCAACCUUGGCUUCAAGGCUAUGUAUAUGACUGGAGCUGGGACAACGGCGUCGAGACUCGGAAUGGCGGAUCUCGGACUGGCUCAGCUGCAUGACAUGCGUACCAAUGCAGAGAUGAUUGCCAACCUAGACCCAUUCGGGCCCCCGUUGAUUGCUGAUAUGGAUACGGGAUACGGCGGUCCUCUCAUGGUGGCAAAGUCCGUCCAGCAGUACAUUCAGGCGGGUGUUGCAGGCUUCCACAUUGAAGACCAGAUCCAGAACAAACGAUGUGGACAUCUGGCCGGCAAAGCCGUGGUGAGCCUGGAUGAGUACCUCAUCCGCAUCCGCGCAGCCAAGCAAACCAAAGAUCGUCUGCAUUCGGAUAUUGUUCUGAUUGCACGCACCGAUGCCCUUCAACAGCACGGUUAUGAUGAGUGCAUUCGCCGGCUGAAGGCCGCCCGGGACCUGGGUGCCGAUGUCGGCCUCCUCGAGGGCUUUACAUCCAAAGAACAGGCCAGACAGGCGGUUCAGGAUCUUGCGCCAUGGCCCCUGCUUCUGAACAUGGUGGAAAAUGGAGCCGGACCGGUGAUCACCACCGAGGAGGCGAAAGAGAUGGGGUUCCGAAUUAUGAUCUUCUCGUUCGCGUCGCUGGCCCCGGCAUACUUGGGAAUCAAGGCAGCUUUAGAGCGUCUGAAGACUAAGGGUGUUGUAGGAACACCUGAAAACGUGGGUCCAAAGAAGUUGUUCGAAGUCUGUGGACUGAUGGAAUCCGUUCAUAUUGAUACAAACGCUGGUGGAAGUGGAUUUGCAAAUGGUGUUUGA